AUGGCAGGGUGGAAUGGGACAUCAAUAAACAUGUUCAUCCUCAUUGGCAUAACCGACCUGCCUUGGCUUCAAAAGGUCCUCUUUGUUCUAGUUUUCUUCUUUUACAUUCUUGAUGUAUUGGGGAACCUCAUCAUUGUGUGUAUAGUGAUUCGGGAUCCUUCUCUUCAUUACCCAAUGUAUUUCCUCCUGGCUAACCUUUCCUUUGUGGAUAUCUGCUUUUCCUCUAUCACAGUUCCCAAGAUGAUGGUUGGGUUCUUCAUGGAGAACACUAUUUCUCUUCAAGGAUGUGUCGCACAGAUGUAUUUUUUUCACUUCUUGGGAUGUACAGAAGGCUUUCUGCUGGCAUCCAUGGGCUAUGACAGAUAUGUUGCCAUCUGUAAUCCACUACGAUACAAAACUUUAAUGCGUAAAACGGUGUGCAUUCAGUUGGUGUUCACUUCAUGGGUCAUUGGCCUCACCACCUCCCUUGUUCAUGCCAUAAUGACAUCAGAACUUCCUUUCUGCAACUCAAACAAGAUCAAACACUUUUUCUGUGAUGUGAAACCAGUGAUAAAAUUGGCCUGUGUAGACACUCGCCUCAAUGAGGCUGUACUGACUAAUGUACUUGGGUUUCUAAGCACCAGUACCUUUUCCCUUACUAUAAUAUCCUAUGUUUAUAUCAUCCUCAAGCUUACAAAAAUUCGCUCAUCACAAGGGAGGUCAAAAGCCUUUUCAACAUGUUCCUCUCACCUGACAGUGGUCAUUCUGUUUUAUGGUACAGCUAUGUGCACCUAUCUAGGGCCUUCCUCAGAGGAGUCCAUAGAAAAAGACAGGAUAGCUGCUGUAUUGUUCACCGUUAUCACUCCAGCUAUGAAUCCCGUAAUAUAUACUUUGAGAAACCAGGAGGUUAGGAAAUCAAUGAAAAAGCUCAUUAAACAUGAAUAUUUGUAA